AUGCUGAAUAAUAGACCUCAGGGAAACUUUCCUAGCAACACUAAAGUUAAUCCUAAGGAGCAAUGUCAAGCAAUUACUCUGAAGAGUGAGGUGUUCAAAAAGCUGCACAUCAAUAUUCCUUUUGCUGAGGCUUUGGAGCAGAUGCCCAGUUAUGUAAAGUUCAUGAAAGAGAUUCUUUCUAAGAAAAGAAAGAUGAAAGACUAUGAAACUGUGGCGCCCAAUGAAGAAUACCUUGGUUUAGGGGAAGCAAGACCAACAACAGUUACUCUACAGUUGGUACAUCAAUCAGUGAAGCAUCCACAUGGUAUCAUUAAAGAUGUUCUUGUGAAGGUGGAUAAGUUUAUUUUUCCUACUAAUUUUAUUGAUCUUGAUAUGGAGGAGGAUGCAAACGUGCCUAUCAUUCUUGGAAGACCAUUCCUAGCCACAGGUCAAGCUCUCAUUGAUGUUCAGAAGGGUGAAUUGAAGCUUCAGGUUCAAGGAGAUGAGGUUGUAUUCAAUGUCUUCAAGGCAAUGAUGUAUCUGAGGGCUAGUGACAGUUGCUAUAAUGUAGAUGUGAUAGAUAAUGGAGUCUCGAAAAUAAGGGUGAGUAGUGAUGCCUUAGAGGCAGUGUUGAUAGAUGGUGAGGAAGAAGAUGAUGAUGUCGAGAUGAGAGAAUAUGUAAAUUGGAUUAACUCUUACCAACUGUACAGGAAGAAGUUUGAAGAGUUGGCGGAGGGACCUGAACGACCAUUAACAUCUAUUCAGCAGCCACCACAAUUGGAAUUAAAGGCUCUUCCAGAUCAUUUGUGUUAUGCAUACUUGGGUGAGAAUGAGACUUUACCUGUAAUUGUUUCAGCUGACCUCUCAAAAACUGAAUUGGAGAAAUUGUUGAGGAUGGUUACUCUGGGUAUCAUCAAAUUGCCAUCGCACUAG